CCCAUUUACAACGAACCCAACUACCACUAGCUAGCUACUGCACGCACGCACCUCUCUAUAUAUAAAGAAAAAAAAAGAAGAAUUAUAUUAUUGAAGAAGCUAAGCUAAUAAUUAGGUAGGCAUUUCCUUCAUGGGGAGGGAGAUGAAUCAGAUGAUGAUGGGCGCCGGCGGCAUAAGGUCGUCAUCAUCGGUGUUUUUGUUGUUGGUUAUUAUUAUUAUGGUUGGCGUGGUGAGAGGUGGUGGAGGAGGAGAAGAAGAAGGGAGGGCGGCGGCGGCGGGGGGCGUGCAGAUGAUGAUCAGUACUGCUAGGGUUCCGGCAAUGUUCAUAUUUGGGGACUCUUUGAUUGACAAUGGCAACAACAAUAACCUGCCUUCCUUUGCCAAGGCCAACUAUUUCCCUUACGGGAUUGACUUUGAUGGAGGCCCCACCGGCCGCUUCUCCAAUGGCUUCACCAUGGUUGAUCAAAUCGCUCAACUACUUGGUCUGCCAUUGAUUCCGGCCUACUCCGAAGCUUCGGGCAAUCAAGACCGGAUGCGUUUCGGAGUUAACUACGCCUCUGCUGCUGCCGGCAUUCUUGACAUCACCGGCCGGAACUUUGUUGGACGGAUUCCAUUCAACCAGCAAAUCACCAACUUUGAGAGGACACUGGACGAUUUCGCGGCGAGCCUGAGAGCGCCAGACGUUGCGGAGGCAUUGUCACGCUGCCUCUUCUUCGUCGGAAUGGGCAGCAACGACUACCUCAACAACUACCUCCUCCCCAAUUACCCCACCAAAAACCAAUUCAACGCCCAACAAUACGCCGAUCUCUUGGUCCACCAGUACACCCAACAGCUCUCGAGGUUAUACAAUCUCGGAGCACGAAAAUUUGUGAUCGCGGGGCUUGGGGUGAUGGGAUGCAUCCCGAGCAUCCUGGCACAAAGCCAAACGGGACAGUGCUCGGAGGCGGUGAACCAGCUGGUUCUACCCUUCAUCUCAAACACCAAGACGAUGCUCAACAACCUGAACGCCAACCUCCCGGGUUCCAGAUUCAUCUACAUUGACAUCCGCAACCUGUUCCAGGAUCUGCUCCUCAACUACAGGAGGUAUGGGUUCAGCGUGAUCGACCGCGGGUGCUGCGGGAUAGGGAGGAACAGAGGGCAGAUCACGUGUUUGCCGUUCCAGACGCCGUGUGCCGAGAGGAAUCAGUAUGUUUUCUGGGAUGCGUUUCACCCCACAGCAGCAGUCAACAUCUUGUUUGCCAACAGGGCUUUCACUGGCGGAACUGAUGUUGUUUACCCCGUUAAUAUCCAGCAACUUGCCACGCUUUGAGCUUUAAAUUUUCGGCCAUCAGUUCACAUUCACUUUAUUAGAGUUUAGAAGCACUACGUACUCUAUAUGUACUCACUCACUCUGGCCACAACUUGUUGAACUUUUGCCACACUGAUACUAUGAUAUGUGGUUUUCAAGACAACAGAAAAGGCAUCAUAAUCACUUAAUUUGUUGCUUCCAAGACUAAAAGUUGUUUGUUUUC